CUGAGGGUGUGUUUACCACUGACGUUCUAUCUUUACAUUUGUGUCGUUGAAGGAACCUUUCGCUGUUUUGCAAGUUGAGACGCGAACCAAUCGCCAACUAUGCUGCAAGCCUGCAUUCCCUGCAUUCCCUGUCAAGUGCACGGCUCCUUCUCUCUUCGUUCGUCUCCACCGUUUCAUGGAGCGCCGAGGUUGACAACGCUCGCGCGUUAUGCGGCCUUUGGUACCCCUUCGCAUCCCAGAGGAUACCAGGACCGAGUGCUCAAAGUAAGUAAUAUCCGAGCGUCAGCCCAUCGCCGUCCCAACGAUGGUCGCAAUGAUCGUAUGGAGCCAGAACAGCCAGCAAAAAGCGGACCUAACAGCGAACCAACUCCAGCUGCAACGCCUUCUAAAUCCUCGCCACCAGCAGCACCACCAGCACCAUCAACUCCACGGCCGUAUCUUGCUUUUUCUCCACGACCCUCCACACGGACGCGACUGACGUCCCCCAUCUACUCCAGCCCCACCAAAAAGCUGCGCGUGUUUACGGAGUAUGUACGGUACUGGUGGCCGAAAGUGCCGCCGGGCGGGCUUAUGGGCACCCAACUUAAACUGCGAGUUGAGUUGGAUGGCCAGGAGAUGACAUGGGGAAUAUCCAAUCAGAAUGUUUGCGAGAUCACCCUGUACGACUACGUCAAGUCCACCCAGAGCUCCGCACGUGACGUGGAGGUGCGCGGGCUGCCCGCCCCGCUGCGUCAGAAGCUGACGGGCAGCUGGCUGCUGGGAUACCGGGGCCGCCCGAGCGAGGGGGUGAUCACCCUGGUUGCGUCCUCCACGGAGGAGCCGCCGCUGGACCCUGAGUGGAUGUAAAGGCUGAAGGUCCCGGCAGCUUGCCUUGUGUGCACAGUAGCAAACAGGGAAUAUACAGGGUGAAACGAGAGGUGAAACGAGAGGUAUGCGAGUAUUACAGGGGAGUAUUUAAGAAGAAGAGCGAGAGGCGCAUUGUUGUGAGGUGAUGUGGUAGUGCAUCUGAGGGAUGAUGCAGAUGUUAUGAUUCCGGAUGCAUGAUGCGGGGGAGGUGAGGCAUGAUGGGCAUGUGUAGGGCCGCAGAUGGUCCUAUUUGAUGCGGUGCAGGGUGAUGCGGUGGUGAAGUCGAGGAGGCAGUGAAACGGUGAAACAACAAGGUAGGGC